UUGAGAAUAUAUUCAAAAUGUUUUUUACAAAAUGAAUAUAAUUUAAAUAAUUGUUCUAAUUUUGAAUCUUUAAUAUCCCCAUUUUUCACUGGUAAACUGCCAAUUUAUACUCAUUGGGAUAAUCAAUCUUAUGUUCUACCUCAAUCAACUUCUUUUUGUAAUUGGAAUCAUUUCAUUAAUCAAUUUAAUAAUAAAGGUAUUGUGAUAAGUAUAAGUGAUAAUCAAGAUAAUAUUGAAGAAAGUCUCUCAUUAUUGAAGAUUUUAAGAUUUUGGUCAAAUACUUUACCAAUUCAAUUUGUACAUAAAGGAGAUUUAUCAAUAACGAAUCAAAAUAAAUUAAUAUCUAUGGCUAGAGAUAAUUUAAGUUUGAAUUUAUCAAAUGGAACUUUCUUAAAUUUAAAUUCUUCCCCACAAGAUUUAUGGUUUGUAGAUGCUUCUCCUUCAAUUUCCAAAAAAUUUCUGAAAAAAUUCACUCAUUUUAAAAAUAAAUGGAUUUCAAUGUUAUUUAAUCUGUUUCAAGAAAUUAUAUUAAUGGAUACUGAUGUUGUUCCCUUUAUAAAUCCCUCAAAAUUUUUCGAUUUAGAAGAUUACUUGAAAUACAACGCUCAUUUCUUUAAAGAUCGUCUGUUACCUCAAUUUAUUGAUAACUAUCAAUUAAUUCAUUAUAAAUCUUUAUUACCUUCUGGAUUUGAAAAAAAAUUCUUCAACAUUUCGGUUGAUCAAUCAUUCAUUGCUGAAAAUGGUUUU